AUGGCAAAUUCCACACCCACUCUACAACAAGCCGCCGUGGUGCAAAACCCCGGAGAAAAUGGAACUAUCACUCUUCAGAAUGAUAUACCUGUCUCAAGUCCUGGAAAAAAUGAAGUUCUCAUCAAAUUAACUUGCACCGGUCUAUGUCGCUCAGAACUCCGCGCCGUUCUAGCCUGGGGCGCAUACAACUCUAUCAUCGGCCACGAAGGAGUUGGCACAGUAGUGAAAGCCGGUGCCGACGUCUCCGAAUCCCUUCUCGGUGAACGCGUCGGCGUUAAAUGGCUUUACAGUGCAUGCAACGAAUGCUCAGUCUGCAAACGAGGAUUCCCGCACAAUUGUGCGCUGCAGCUCAAUACAAGUCGCCAUGUCCCUGGAACAUUGCAGCAGUAUGUCAUUGCCGAUGCACGGUUCUUGACAAUGAUCCCGGAGGGCUUGGCUGAUGAAGUUGCGGCGCCUUUGCUGUGUGCCGGUCUUACUAUGGUUGGUGCUUUGUCAAAACUUGAUAACGAACUGCAGGCUGGGGACUUUAUUGUUAUUUCGGGGUCUGGAGGCGGGCUGGGUCAUAUUGGUGUACAAAUUGCAGCGAGGAUGAAAGGUCUGCGCGUUAUUGCUGUUGAUGGCGGGGAUGAUAAGAGAGCGUUGAGUUUGGAGUCUGGAGCAGAAGUUUUCUUUGAUUAUAAGACUGAAGAUGUUAUCGCUCGAGUGCGUGAGUUUACUGGAGAGGGCGCGCAUGCGACAAUCGUGGUGCCGGGUACGAAGGAAGCAUUGAAGAUGGCACCUAACCUGGUGAGAAAUAUGGGGUUUGUUGUCAAUGUUGGCUUGCCGCCGAAUGACUUGGAUAUUCCUCUUUCGGCUACGCUUUGCACAGCGAGAGGUAAGAUGGCUUUUGGAUGUGAUCUCAGUGUCGAAAUCAUAUACUAA